ACUACGCGAACACGGAAGAGGGCAUUUAUAGCCUGAAUAAGCAUUGUUAAUAGUAUCUAUAAAAAUACUAUUUAUAAAGCGUGACGCAAGCAGCAACAAUCAACAAUCCUCAUCUUCUUCCUACUCAGUAGGGCCGCUCACUCGCUUCUUUCUCCCUGGUCUCACCUCCCCCUCGACGCCCACCCCGACCCCCACCCUCUUCGACAGAACCGCCGCCACUGCUAACACACUCCCAGACACCAUAACAGCUACACUAUCUGCACCUGCGACAUCACGUGGUAAUAGUUUGGGGGGACAUACCAGUGGUAAGAAGGGGAGAAGCCACAGCAGCACUGUUGUUCAGUCGCAGCAGCAGCAGGAAAACACAGGAGGGGUGGACAUCUCGAUAUACAGACGCGAGGUUGUGAAGCAGCGCAGAGGGGCCAUAGACAGUGAGGCGACAGCAGACGAGUUGAGUGACCCCCAGCACCCCCACACUUAUCAUCAUAAUCUUCCUCAUCACGUGGCCUGCAGGGGUCUGGGACAGGCAGGCAGGGCCUCCAUGGACUCUAGCAACAGGGUUCGCUUCCACCGCAGGUCCAGAAAAGGAGACAAAUCUUACCAUUCAGUCCUGCAGCAUAUCAAGACUCUCAAAUCAGCCCGGUCAGGACUCAAGGGCAAAGACAGCAAUCUGUCACCCGCCAGUUCCAAGACUGAUCUCACUGGUAGCAAUCAAAAUCGCCAGGAACCUACAACGUCUAGUGGGAACCCUGGAAACCCCCAGAUGCGCACGGUAUGUUCCUCCGGAACGCUCGGCGCCCGAAACGAAAACACUUCUCCGGAACAAGUAGACUCGGGUCCUCAAACAGACAAGGAAGGGGCGAUAGUUGGAAGUUUUCAGACACCUGAAGGGCAGCGGAGAGUGCAGUUACCCGACAUCAUGAUCAGCAGACACCAAUCCAAGAAGAAAAAACGCUCCAAAAAGACUAGUUUUGUGCGACAAAUGCAGUAUCACUACCACCAACACGCACACGCCUACUCGGCCCACGCCAGGGCAUCCAGAGACGGCUCCAUCAGCUCCAGCAGUCCCCCCAUCAACAUGUACAUGCGCAGACGGUCCCUUGCCGACACUCUCAAAGGUCGGAACUACAUGCAACGGAGGUCAAGCAGGUUCAGACGGAGAUCACUAGACGACUCAUUAUGUAAUUGUGGCCGCGUGAACACAUCUGACAGUGACGAGUUACGUACUCAGGGCGAUGCAGGUCAACUGGAGGCCAAGAAAGAUCUGAUCAAGAUGACCUUGAGCUCCUCACUCAAUAUGUUUCUCAAUAUCCCAGGAAUGUGUCGAGCCAAAACCAUGGCCAUUAGGCCGCAGUCUCACAGUGCCGAAGCGAGUGGCCUCGGAUCUCCCGGCUUCCUGUCCCCUCGGGGAUCUCUCACUCCGAAGAGCAACAACUCCCCCUGCUCGUCCAACUGCUCCUCCAGAAAAAGUUCGUUCGGGGACCUUGGAGACAUAAAGGUUGGUCUACUCUAUAUGUCCGAGGCUGAGAAUGUGACGGUGAAGAUCAUCAAAGCAAGGAAUGUGGGGGGCAUCUUCAAGACUAGUCAAAAAGAACAAUUGAGAAUAUAUUGCAAGGUGUGUUUGGUACCUGGAAAACAGCAGAAACAGCAGACGCAAGAUGUCACCGGAUCACAGGAUCCAGUUUUCAAAGAAGCAUUUCUAUUCAAAGGUCUGACCCGUUCGAAUCUGGAGAAGUGUAAGGUGAGAGUGCGAGUGUACAACAAGUGCAGCCGACUGAAGAGGGACGAGUUCCUGGGAGAGGCUUCCUUCACUCUCGUCAACCUGCCAGACUCCGAGAUGCUCAAGACAUGGGCAGACCUCACUCCUAAAUCAGGAAUAGAGAAUCUAGGGUCUCUGACAGUGUCUCUGUGUCUGGAGAAGACUGCCGGCAUCCUCACAGCCAGUGUGAUCAAAGGGAAAGACCUGCCGCGGAACCUACUCACGGGAGCACCAGAUCCGUACGUGAAGGUGUUGGUGGUUCAGGAGUCACGUGCCGUGCUGAUGAAGAAAACUAAAGUGAGGCGGAAGACGACUUGUCCCGUGUUCAAAGAAGUGUUCACAUUCCAUGUGUCAACAACGUCUGAAGACAUAGCACACACUGCUGUAGAGUUCACCGUCUACGACAGGACACGCAUAUGGAGCGAUGACGUCAUAGGUCAGGUGAAGUUGGGCAGCAGUGCCACGGAGGAGGGGGAGAUGAGACACUGGGAGGACAUAGUAGAGAUGACGCCCCCUCAGCCCAUAACGGCCACACACGACAUCAUGGAGCCAGACGAGACCAUGUACUUGCCACAUCAGCCAGGCACCACAUAUCUGUAGAUUAAGACCAUAGUCCGUACAUGGUCCUUAGUGCAAAAUCAGAGCAUAUUCAUGGAAGCUGUAGCAAACGUGAAAAAGGAUGUCACAAAAUCAGCACCCUUCUUCCAUAAAUGGAAAUAUCUUUACCAAGUCACGAUUCCAAAUUAGUUUUUUGCUCAUCCAUUUUGUCUGGAAAACUAACGCAAAAGUUUUCAUCUGAAACUUUUGUGGUGCAAAUUUGGUCUGACCAAAAAAACUAUUCUUUUUCGAACACACCGGGACAUCAAACCAAAGGAUAAUCCAAGAAAGUGACAAAAGUUGCAAAGAUGAAACUAUUCAUACUGAAUUAUAUAACCAAAAAAAAACCAAAAAUGGUCGGAAAAUCAAAAUUAAACAGUACAAAAAUGUCCUUUUUUCUUGAAUACUAGCAAAUCGGCAACGCGUCUCUGUGAAUGUUUGGUGCAACCAAAGUCUUUUUCGCUCAUUAUAAUUGUGGACGCUAAAGUAAAUUUUUGUGAUCUACUUCAUCGUCAAGAAGAAGACUUUGAUAGACAAAGAGUCAUUUUCGACGAACGAAUAAAUAUCGAUGGUUUUUGGACGAAAUUUCUUCCAGUCACAGAGAAAGUCACGCGAUUCCAGGAACAAUUCAGAGCCAUGUAACUUGGAUUAAUUGUUUGAUUUGCGGUAAAUUGCACUAUUAAACUGAAAAAAAAACUGCUAUCAUUUCAGUCAGCCGUUUUCUUUAUGUUUUUCCCGCUUAUUGUGCUUAGCCAAAACCGAUAUUCAGUGUUUAUUUAUACAUCGCUCAUUUCUAAUUAA